GUCACUUCAUCGACGCCCAUCCUCACUCCCACCACUCUCGAGUCGAGAUGGACUCUCAGACAUAGCUGUCCCCGUGCGACUCUCAGACAUAGCUGUCCCCGUGCAAAGUAUCGCAACAGCAGCAUCCUUCUUGCCGUGUUGGCAGCGUCGGUUCUUUCGAACUUGUUUCAGCAACGCCAACAACAACUGUACUAUCUUCCCUGAGAUCCUUUCCUCAACCUCCAUUUCCACAAUUUCCAAUCCUUUGAGCGCAUUGCGCGACUUGAAGCAUCAUGGGUGUCCCGGCCCUCUUUAGAUGGCUCACCAAGAAAUAUCCCAAGAUCAUUACACCUGUGAUAGAGGAGCAGCCCUAUGAAAUCGAUGGCGUGCAAUACCCCGUCGACACCACAAAGCCCAAUCCAAAUGGGGAGGAGAUGCAUAAUCUCUAUCUCGAUUUCAAUGGUAUUGUUCACCCUUGUUCUCAUCCUGAGAACAAAGCGCCUCCAGCAAAUGAGAGCGAAAUGAUGAUGGAGAUUUUCAAAUACACUGAGAGAGUAGUUAACAUGGUACGCCCACGGAGACUGCUCAUGAUCGCAAUUGAUGGAGUUGCUCCUCGAGCGAAGAUGAACCAGCAACGUGCUCGUCGUUUCAGAUCAGCCAGGGACGCAAAAGAGGCGGAUGAAAAGAAAGCAGAAUUUCAGACACUCCUUCGCCAACAGAAACAGGAGAGAGAUGAAGACGACGAUGAUGAAGACUCAACAGCUGAGGACAUAAUCAAGAAAACAUGGGAUAGUAAUGUCAUCACACCUGGCACGCCUUUCAUGUUCAUCCUUGCGCAGUCUAUUCGCUACUGGGUUCAAUGGAAACUCAACACUGAUCCUGCCUGGGCUGAACUGAAGGUCAUCAUUUCAGACGCUAGUGUACCAGGUGAAGGUGAGCAUAAGAUCAUGCAGUUCAUCCGUUCCCAACGCUCUGAUCCUGAGUAUGAUCCCAAUACUCGGCACGUUAUGUAUGGUCUCGAUGCAGACUUGAUCAUGCUCGGGCUGGCCACUCAUGAACCACAUUUCCGAGUUCUUCGAGAAGAUGUCAACGUCAGAGAUGCCAAAGCCAAAACUUGCAAGCUCUGCGGCCAACAGGGACAUUAUGCAGAGAACUGCAGAGGCAAUGCAAAAGCCAAGUCGGGCGAGUACGACGAGAAAGGUUCCACAGAGGAAUUGAAGCCAUUUGUCUGGUUGAACGUGCCCAUCUUGCGUGAGUAUCUGGCUGCGGAGAUGUUUGUUCCUGGUCAGUCAUUUCGUUUCGACCUUGAACGCGCCCUUGAUGACUGGGUAUUUAUGUGCUUCUUUGUCGGCAACGACUUUCUACCUCAUCUUCCCAGCCUGGAUAUUCACGAAGACGGUAUUGACAAGCUCAUUGCUAUCUGGAGAGAUAAUAUCCCUAUAAUGGGUGGUUACUUGACUUGCGACGGAAACGUCGAUCUUGCCCGUGCCCAGAUCAUCUUGCAAGGACUGGCCAAACAAGAGGAUGCUAUUUUCAAGCGCAGAAAAGAAAACGAAGACAGAAGAGAGCGCAAUCAACGACGCCGAGACCAGGAUAACAAAGCCCGAGAGGCCCGGGAAGCUGCGCGCAACCCAAAACAGCGGCGCAGCUCGCCGGACUAUAGUUUGGGUGGCCGUGUCCCUGUACGGGCAGAUGCACGCGUCCCGACGGGGCCGAUUGAAAAGUUUGAGGCCACAAACUUUCCCACAUUGGACUACAAUGCAAUCGUCAACAGGAACAAUGUCGAUAGAGCGCUUGCUUCCAACAAAAGCGCCGCUGCUGUGCUCAAGGAGCAAAUGCUCGCCAAAAAGGCAGCCGAAACUCCGGUCAAGAACGGCGCUAAUGGCGUUACAGACAGUCCUGAUGCCGCUGCCAAAACACCUACCUCUGCAUUAGGUAAACGCAAGGCUGAGUUGAUGGAGGCCGAGUCUGAUGACAGCGGCACACCUGGCCGGAACACUCCUGUUGAGAAGCCCCAGAAUGGUACUGAUCCGAAUGAACCACCGCCGGACACUGUGCGACUAUGGGAGGCCGGCUAUGCCGAGCGGUACUACGAGCAAAAGUUUCAUGUAGCUCCAGACGAUUUCGAGUUUCGCCACAAGGUCGCAAGGUCUUAUGUAGAAGGCUUGUGUUGGGUCCUGCUUUACUACUUUCAGGGUUGCCCGUCCUGGACUUGGUACUAUCCUUAUCAUUAUGCACCAUUUGCGGCAGAUUUUGUCGACAUUGACCAAAUGACUGUCAAAUUCGACAAAGGCAAGCCGUUCAAGCCCUAUGAACAACUCAUGGGUGUCCUGCCUGCCUCUUCGAAUCAUGCAAUCCCAACAGCAUUCCACCCGCUCAUGACCGAAGAGGAUUCCGACAUUGUUGAUUUCUAUCCGGAAGAAUUUGAUCUUGACAUGAAUGGCAAGAAGCAGUCGUGGAAAGCAGUCGUCCUCCUCCCAUUCAUCGAUGAAAAGCGACUGCUUGCAGCAAUGGACACCAAAUAUCCCCUGUUGACAGAUGAUGAGCGAGCGAGAAACGAGCUCGGGAAAGAUGCUCUAAUCAUCUCGCACAGGCACCCCCUGUAUGAAGAGCUGGCUCUACAAUUCUAUUCCAAGAAGUCCAAGGACGGCAAGAACACCGCCAAGCUUUCUAUGCGUAAGGGGCGUUUGGCAGGGACAGUCAUGAAAAAUGAGGAUUUCCUUCCGCACAUGGAUCUUGUUGGUCCAGAGGAUGACAUCAAGAUGGAACCUAUUGUUGACGAUGACCAUUCUUUGAUGGUCCAUUACACAGCACCCCCUGCUACACAUGUGCACAAAUCGAUGUUAUUCCCUGGAGUUGUGCUUCCACCUCCUGUGCUGGACAAAAGCGAUAUAGCUAUCCUGAAGUCCAAAUCCAGAUCUUCCGGUCGCGAUUUUGGUGGCGCACCACUUUAUGACAAUACCCGACGCGAUCCGCAGGAUCACCAGAACAGAGGAGGACGUAUCAGCUAUGCCGUGGAUCGGCCACCAAUGAUGCCGGGUCAAGCGGGCAAUCCUGGCGACAAUCCAUUCGCUGCUUUCCUUGAUCCCCGUUUUGCUCCUGGCAUGCCGCCACAGGGACGCGGUGGGCCACCUCCACCUCCUCCGCCAUCAAGAUAUGGAGGCCAAAACGGCUAUGAUCGGUACCAAGCACCUAGCGAUGGCGGGUACGGAGGCGGGCAGGCAGGUUACAAUAACUACCAAAACCAGGGCCGUGGUGGCCAGGAUCAGUACUCUUACGGAAACCAAGCUCAAAAUCAGUACCAGCGUGACAACCGACCAUAUCAGCAAAAUGGAGGCCGAUCUGUCAGUGACAGUUAUUAUCAGGGUCAAAGCUAUGGUCAAAGAGGUGGCAAUCACAACCAGGGUUAUGGCCGGAGAUAGUCCCCCAGUCUACUUAACGGCCCUUGAUCGCCCUGGGAUGUGUGUAUCAGGAGAGCAAUUAUGUUAAGUAGUGCUGUGAGACCAUGGAGCCGGCAUGAGAUGAUUCCCAAUUGCACGCUGGAAGGCGCUACCAGGGGGUUAAAAGUAAUUGCGUUCUUUAGGCUGCAGUUCAGUAUUUGCAGAAGUUCGUCUUGCUUCUCAAUUUGUGGAAACAUCAAUCAUCAGUCUUUCUUCAACAGCAAGAGCGCGUGCAGAAUGAUUCAAAGCGUACGAAAUACUAUGGACUCUGCCGACAUAUAGAUA